AUGUCUUCCCGCGAACCACGCGGUCGCGAGUCGACCUUGGGCUGGAACGGCGUUGUGGUCACCGUCAUCAUCAGCAUGCUUCCUUGGUUCCUGUACCUUGGUCCGCCCAUCGCCUGGCGUCUGCUCGGCCGCUUCGUGGGCUUCUUGUUGCGCAAAAAGACGGAGGGUCGAAGAUCGGUCCUUGUAUCGACAAUGGACGAGGAGAAUGACAAAUUUGCAUCAGACAAUGUGGAAAGCAAGAGUAGCUCCGGCGACGAGUGGGAAAAAGUGUCGGGCGGUGCCGAGCACGCCUCGGCGAACAAGCUUGACAAGCUCAAGGACAGAAUCAAGGACUGGGAUGGCAUUAUUGGGUUCUUUCACCCAUUCUGUAAUGCAGGAGGAGGUGGUGAGCGAGUCCUAUGGGCCGCUAUCCGCGCGACGCAGCUCCGCUGGCCCAAAGCCAAGUGUGUCGUCUAUACCGGCGACCACGAGGUAACCAAGGCCGACAUAAUUGCUCGAGUCAAGAGCCGCUUCAAUAUUGAGCUGCACCCGCCCACCGUCCAGUUUCUCUACCUAAGUAAACGACACUGGGUCCUCUCCGCCACCUGGCCGCGCUUUACCCUCGCCGGCCAGUCUUUUGGCUCUCUCGUCCUCGGCCUUGACGCUUUUUCACUCCUAGUUCCCGACAUCUUCAUUGACACCAUGGGCUUCGCCUUUGUCCUCGGCCUGUGCAAGUUCCUCUUCCCCCACGUGCCUACCGCCGCCUAUGUCCACUAUCCAACCAUCUCGACCGACAUGCUCGAGUCGCUCGACCCUGACUCGCCGCUAGGCUCGCGCGGCGUCAACGGCGGCCAGGGCAGCGGUCUGCGCGGCCUCGCCAAGAAGCUUUACUGGCACCUGUUUGCCCGCGUCUACUGCUGGUUUGGCGCCUCGGUCGACGUCGUCAUGACCAACUCGACCUGGACCCAGGCCCACGUCAAAUCCCUCUGGGGGCCCUAUCGCAAAGAAAAGGACGCCCGAAACCCGACGACAGCUGUGUUCCCGCCCGUCGCCGUCGAGGAGCUCGAGGCGGCUGUCGACGUCUCCGAGGAGAGCGAGAAGAGUGUCCGGGAAAACAUUAUCCUCUACAUUGCGCAGUUUCGCCCCGAAAAGGACCAUCGUCUGAUUGUGCAGUCGUUUUACGAGUUCCUCAAGCUGCACAGCAAGCCUUCGGAGACGUCUCGACUCGUGCUCGUGGGUAGCGUCCGCGACGACAGCGACGCCAAGAGGGUAUACGAGCUGCGCCUCAUGUGCAACGAACUUGGCAUAAAAGACCGCGUCGAGUUCCACCUCGACGCCUCGUGGCCCGAGAUCCUCCAGUGGCUGCGCAGGGCCUCGAUAGGCGUCAACGGCAUGUGGAACGAGCACUUUGGCAUCGGCGUCGUCGAGUAUCAAGCCGCCGGUCUGAUUUCCGUUGUCCACGACAGCGGCGGCCCCAAGCUCGACAUUGUCGUUCCCAUCGAUGGGCUAGCGACUGGCUUCCAUGCUUCUACUUCGCGAGAGUUUGCCGAGAGCUACGACCGCGUGUUCAUGAUCCCGGACAAGGUGCCGACAAGACUGCGCGCACGCAAGUCGGCCAAACGCUUCACAGAGGCUGAGUUUGCCAAGAAGUGGAUAGACCAGACGGAGCGACUCGUCGCCAUGACUAAGUAA